AUGGUAAAGGAUUCUUUUUAUCCACACGCGAACGCAUCCCAUUUUCCUGAGAAAGCCAAAAAUUAUAUGCUGAUUUUAGAAGAGAAAUCCGAACUAACGAGAAACAUACUGCAGCUAAACAAAUUGCCCACUUGGAAUCCAUUAGCCAAAGCCAUUGUAUUUUAUCAGCUGAAUAAAACUGAGGACGCCGAGCAGACAGCCAUUGAAUUUAUAAACGAAUUGCGUCAUUACAAACUUUUCAAAAGCAUUAUAUUCAUAUAUUCUCCCGAGGAGAAAGAAGUUAUUUCUUACACUUGGACUCCUUAUAGUGACACAAAUUGCGGAGGAAAAUGUGAUUCGGUAUACAUUUUAGAUACAUGUAAGGAUAAUGUCAUCCACGAAUUAGCAACACAGAAGGAAAUGUUUCCUUUAGACAUGAAAGGUUGUCCAUUAGUGACUUAUGCUAUUGUUUCGGAGCCGUAUGUAUUGCCACCGGCAAUGAAACUAUCUAACACAAGUUAUAACGAUGCUUAUGUUUUUCAAAAAGGUGGAGAAAUAAACUUGGGGAUAAAACGAGCGGCUAAGGAUAGGAAUUUUGCAGUUGUUUCGUCGAGGAGACAAGCCGCUUACGCCGACCAGAGAUUGGGGAAGGGGAAACCGUUGAUCUAUUGCUUUUCUGAGAGCGAUAACCUGUACAAAUACGGGGUUGUUCUGCUGGCUCGGAAAUGGUUUCCGAUGUUGGAGAGAUUCAACACUAUAAUAAGGAGCGUCUCGGAAAACGGUUUGAUUGAUAAAUGGAACCAGGAGUUGUUGAUCCACACCGCGAAUGCUGAAGGGGCUAGCGAGAUAGAACCAUUGAGCAUCCAGCAUCUCUUGGGAGCAUUUAUGUUUAUAGGGUUUAUGUAUGCUGCAAGCAUCGUAGUGUUUAUUGCCGAGAUAUGUAUUGGGGUAUUUCAGAAGUGGAAAGCUAGGAAGAACUGGCAGUGGCUCUAUAAGCAUAUACGAUUUCGUAACGCAAAAUAA